AUGGAGGGAUCAGAACAGAGAUCGGGAAAAAAAUCAAAAAAUAAAAAACAGCGAGCACGCCAGGAGCAGCAUGACCAAACGAUAGAAAAAGGAAUCUUACUCCCCAUGCUUGAUCGAAUGAUAUAUUAGCAAUUUCCUAAAAAAUGGUACUAUAACUCUCAUCAUAUUCAAACGAUUUUAUUAUAAUUGAGCACGAAAUAUACUCACCUACCCCCAUCUCAACUCUAAAUACUAUCUUUUAUAGCAAUAAAUGUUGAAGAUUACGCUGUAUAAUUGCUUCUAAGCAAUUAUAAUGUGAAUUUUCCUAUCUUUGCUAAUGUAUUGCAUAUUAUAUAUCUUGUGGCUAGCUCAUAAAAUAUUUUAUAUGGAAUAUAAAUAUUAACAUAUAAUUUUUAAUCUCCAUAGCUUUGAACAUGGCAUAAGUUCAUUCAUUAAUGGGGAAAUUAGAAGAAAGACAAGAAGAAAUAAAAGAAAUGGAAAGAAUUGAAGAGCUUCAAGCACAAGAAUUUUCUACUGAGACCAGAAAGCAACCGAUAAAUGAACCUAUAAAGCAGGAAGUCAAAGAGACCAUAAAAAAGCCAGAAAAUGAAGCUGCAAAACAGCAGCAGAGAGUUGAAUCUAUAAAACAGCCAGUCAAUGAGCCAGAAGUUAAAGGGAAAAACACAUGUAAUUUGCAUUUUAAUAUUAAUUACAGGACUUCUUUUGGAGAAUCAAUUUGGGUUUGUGGAAAUCAUGAAAAAUUAGGAAAUUGGGAUCUCCAAAAAGCUUAUAAGCUUGAAUGAAGCGAAGGAGAUAAUUGGAAAGGAACAGUGCCAAUAGAAAAAGGGAGCUGUGAAACACUGGAAUAUAAAUAUAUCUGCCAAAAAGGACAAGAUUUUAAAUGGGAGCAUGGAGCCAAUCAUUCUUUGAGGCAAGCAAGUUAGGUUAUUAAAGUCAGGUGUUAGCCAUAUUGAUGAUGAAGUCGCCAAAGACCUCCUGCACAGGAGGCUCAACCGCUUUUCGACUCCAACCCAGAUGUUCUUUCCUAAAGGUGGAUGCCACUUCUGGUAUUUUCUGUCUCCUCCCUGCCUUGAGGCUUUAGUCUUGAGUGGACAGCUUAUGGCCCUACUACUAACAAUUUGAGUAGCUUGAUUCCAUAGAUCAACUCCUUGGAGUUUGUCUGGUGCUGAAGUGCCUUCCUUCAACAUCUACAGGAAAAAUACUAUUGCCUGCGGUCUGAGCCGAAACCCCCAGUUUCUCGGUAGAGGAAUGCCCAUAAGUCCUUGGAUCCCAAGGGCGCUGCUGAGCAUCUCCAUUUCUAACCAAAAAGCAGCUAAAACCUAUCCAGAUACACAUCUCUUGAGCCUACACUUGAUUCUCAUAAGGUCUGGACUGCUGCGCCAAGAGGUCAGGCUGACAUGUGUAACCAUUUAAAUGAAUUGAGGCAGGAAGGUAGAACAGAAGAUCAAGUGACUAAAGUUGAUAAUUGGCAGACAUAA